AAUUAGGGACUGUGUUGGUAAAUUCACCUUAAGGAAAUACCAAGAAACAAAUUAGGGUUUGCGGGGGGUUCCGUCUUUGGGUCCAACGAUCAAAGAAUUUUCGUCUCGAAUUCGCUUCGAAUUCCUCGUUCCAAUCCAUUCAGCACGGCAUUCAUUGCUGCAGGAUGGCGGCCGUCGGCGAUUGCAACGGUUCAGCUAAGAUCUUCACGGAGGUCGUCCUCGUCCGUCAUGGGGAGACGACGUGGAAUGCAUCACGAAUCCUUCAGGGACACAGUGAUUCAGAACUUAAUGACAUAGGAAGGCAGCAAGCGGUUGCGGUGGCGUCUCAUCUAUCCAAGCAAGAAGAUUUCAUUGCCAUCUAUUCGUCAGACUUGCAACGAGCUGCUGAAACCGCCCGUAUCAUAGCAAGCCGUUGUAAUCUGCCUGAGGUAAUACUGGAUCCAUCUUUGAGGGAAAGACAUCUCGGGGAGCUUCAGGGCUUGACAAUGCGGGAUGCACAGAAGCAGAAGCCAAUUGCUUACAAGCAUUUCUUGUCCGCUAAAAGAGAUCAAGAACUUCCUGGUGGUGGAGAAAGUCUUGCUCAACUGCAUGAGAGAUGCACUUCUUUUUUGGAAAAUUUGGCUUGGAAGCACCGAGGUGAGAGAAUCAUAGUGGUAACUCAUGGUGGAGUGCUGAGAGAGCUUUACAGGAGAGCGCGCCCAAUGGGGCCGCUGAAUGGCCAUAUAAAGAACACAUCAGUGAAUGUGAUCCAUAUUCACGAGGAUGGGCAGAAAUGGACCAUUAAGAAGUGGGGAGAUGUGAGCCACCUUCAACAGGUUGGAGCUCAGGAAGAUGCCUUUGGUGGUGAUAGAACCUCUGGCUAGAUUCCUGC